AUGUCAAACCCUAUUUUCGUACUUCUCGCUUCCCAAAUUUUGAAUGGUGAAAACUUUGUCAAAUGGAAAAGCAACAUGAAUAUCCUCUUGAUUUGUAAAAACUACCAUUUUGUCCUUAAGGAGGAUUGUCCUCCAGUGCCGCCGGCCAAUGCCGCCAGGGCUGUGACCGAGCGAUAUAAUUGCUGGGUCAACGCCAACAACAAGCACGCUGCAGUCAAAGCCGUUAUGAACGGCCGUAUGAAGAAUGGUUCUUCUGUGCGUGAUCAUGUGCUUAAGAUGAUUAAUCAUCUUAAGAAGGCUAAAAUUAAUGGGUCUCAGAUUAAUGAGAAGACCCAGCAAUUUGAGUCCCUUAUAUGUGAUAAGGGAGGCAAGGCAAAUGUUGCUGAAGCCAACACAGCUGAGGGAAGGCCUUCUUCAUCAAAGAACAAGAAGAAGAAGAAUCAGGGGAACAGUAAGGGCAAGGGGAAGAAGAAGAUCUAG